AAAAUGUAUAAAGACUGUUCAGAUAUUGUGAAAAGAGAUCCAAGCAAGAAAGGACAAGAUGGAGUUUAUGUAAUUUACGCUGACAUCCGAAGAGAGGUCUACUGUGACAUGACGACAGAUGGGGGUGGGUGGACGGUCAUUCAGAAACGACAGGAUAUUGACGUCGAUUUUUACAGGACAUGGAUAGAGUAUAAACACGGAUUUGGGAAUGUCACUAAAAACUAUUGGAUAGGAAAUGACGCAAUCCACGCUUUAACAAAGAAUAAAAAUCAAGAACUCCGAAUUGAUCUCCAGAGCUAUGACGGAGAACAGGUCUAUGCUGUGUAUACCACAUUUUACAUCGGAGAUGAAGACAAUAAAUAUGCAUUGACAGUAUCUGGAUACAACGGAACAGCGGGUGACAGUUUGGCUUCUCACAAUGGAUAUAAAUUCAGCACAAAGGAUCAGGAUAACGACAGUUAUGAUGGUAACUGUGCUACAAAAUGGCACGGAGCCUGGUGGUACGGCUGGUGUUACAGCUCAAACCUUAAUGGAGAGUACGCUCAGUCUGCCUUGUCUGGUUGGGAAUACGUGACAUGGGAACACUGGAAGUAUGAUGAAGCAUUGAAAAAGACUGUGAUGAUGAUUAGAUACAAAAUCUAGAGUUAACGUAUAAACAAUCCUGAAAUAGUUAUAAUGAAAUGAUACUUAAGUUUUAUUACA